CUUUUCUUUUUCGUUUUAUUUUUGGGAGUGAAUCCAAUCAAUGAGAAGAUUCAACAAAACAAAAGCGUUAUACAAACAGACAACUUAUUUUUCAACAACCUGAUCAGCUUUAUCCAAGGAAACUCAAGAGUAGUAAUCCAGCCACAAGCAUUUACAUCCCACAUCUCAAAAGAUAAAAGUGGACCCUCUAUUAUUUCUCUCUUUUGCCUUGGCUUUCUCCUAAAAUAUUGCAUUUUAAUUUGCACAACCACGCCAAUUAUAUGGGUCCAGCUUCAGUACGUCUUCUAUAAUCUGUAUGCACGGCCAUUUAAUCCUUUGGUGAUCACCAAAACUAGGCUUAAAGACACAUAGACCCUCUUGUUGAACUUCCUUUUCCAUUUUUGUCCCUCCUUCAAGGCCAUCCAUAGCAAAGUCGAUCACUACUUUCUCUCUCUUCAGUCAUGUUAGAGGGCAAAGCAGUCGUUGGCGAGACUGACAUGCUGCAAGCGAUGCAGGAAGACGCGCUUCACUUGGCUGCGAAGGCGCUCGACGUAUUUGAUGUCAAUGAGACUACUAAUAUAGCCCACUUAAUUAAGAAGGAUUUUGAUGAGGCGUACGGACAUGGGUGGCAAUGCAUAGUGGGAACGGAUUUCGGGUCCUUUGUGACGCACCGCCAGGGCUUUUUCAUCUACUUCUGCGUUGGCAGCCUCGCAUUCUUGCUCUUCAGGGUCGCAGUUAAUUCAGAAGCGGAUGCCAUCUUGCACCCUGCCAUUGAGGCUGUGAAUACAUAAAGCUGUGUUUGUAUCUUUAUUUAGCUUGUUUAUUGUUGUCAUGGUUCGUCAUUGAAAAACGGAUAAUCUAAAGAACGAAUUCCGAGUAGCAAUUUCCCAUCUUUCUUCCCUUUUCACCUUCCAUCUUAUUCAGUUGUAUUAAGGCUUCAAAUCAUAAUUCCAGUG